CCGCGCCGCGAGCGCCCCGCCAGUCCGCGCCGCCGCCCUCGCCCUGCGCGCCCGCGGCUCGCGAGCCAAGCCCCAGCCGGGCAAAGCGGAGCGCGCCGAGCCUCGUCCCGCGGCCGGGCCGGGACCGGGCCGGAGCGGCGGCGCCUGGAUGCGGACCCGGCCGCGGGGAGACGGGCGCCCGCCCCGAAGCGACUUUCAGUCCCUGACGCGCCCUGCCCGACCCCUAAGAUGAAGAGGGCGUCUGCCGGAGGGAGCCGGCUGCUGGCAUGGGUGUUGUGGCUACAGGCCUGGCAGGUGGCGACACCAUGCCCUGGUGCUUGCGUGUGCUACAAUGAGCCCAAGGUGACGACCAGCUGCCCCCAACAGGGCCUGCAGGCCGUGCCUGCUGGCAUCCCAGCCACCAGCCAGCGCAUCUUCCUGCACGGCAACCGCAUCUCCCACGUGCCAGCCUCCAGUUUCCACGCCUGCCGCAAUCUCACCAUCCUGUGGCUGCAUUCCAAUGCAUUGUCCCGAAUUGACGCAACUGCCUUUGCUGGCCUGACCCUCCUGGAACAGCUGGACCUCAGCGACAACGCACAGCUUCGUGCAGUGGACCCCGCUACGUUCCAAGGCCUGGGCCGCUUGCAUACGCUGCACCUGGACCGCUGCGGCCUGCGGGAGCUGGACCCUGGCCUAUUUCGUGGCCUGGUUGCCUUGCAGUACCUCUACCUGCAAGACAACGGGCUGCAGGCACUGCCUGAUGACGCCUUCCGUGACCUGGGCAACCUCACACACCUUUUCCUGCACGGCAACCGCAUCCCUAGUGUGCCUGAGCGCGCCUUCCGUGGCUUGCACAGCCUCGACCGCCUCCUCCUGCACCAGAACCACGUGGCCCGUGUGCACCCGCACGCCUUCCGUGACCUCGGCCGCCUCAUGACGCUCUACCUGUUUGCCAACAACCUCUCCAUGCUGCCCUCCGAGGCCCUGGCGCCCCUGGGGGCCCUGCAGUACCUGCGGCUCAAUGACAACCCCUGGGUGUGCGACUGCCGGGCACGCCCACUCUGGGCCUGGCUGCAGAAGUUUCGCGGGUCCUCAUCAGAGGUGCCCUGCAGCCUCCCCUCACGCCUAGCUGGCCGUGACCUCAAGCGCCUGGCUGCCAGUGACCUGGAGGGCUGCGCUGUGACUGCUGGGUCCUUCCAUCCUGUCCAGAUGGGCAGGCUCACCGAGGAGGAGCUGCUGGGCCUGCCUAAGUGCUGCCAGCCAGAUGCUGCAGACAAGGCCUCAGUGCUGGAGCCUGGGAGGCCAGCCUCAGCCGGCAAUGCACUCAAGGGGCGUGUACCACCUGGUGACAGCCCACCUAGUAAUGGCUCAGGCCCACGGCACAUCAAUGACUCUCCCUUUGGGACCCUGCCCAGCUCUGCGGAGCCCCCACUGACUGUACUGCGGCCCGAGGGCUCCGAGCCACCAGGACUGCCCACCACUGGCCCUCGCCGGAGGCCGGGGUGUUCUCGCAAGAACCGCACCCGAAGCCAGUGCCGCCUGGGCCAAGCAGGCAGUGGGGGGACUGGGGCCAGUGAUGCUGAGGGCUCAGGUGCCCUGCCAGCCCUGGCCUGCAGCCUCGUGCCCCUGGGCCUUGCACUGAUGCUGUGGACGGUGCUCGGACCCUGCUGACCUGCCACGAGAGCUUCUCGGCAGCCAGGUGUGUGUACAUACGGGGUCUCCCUCCGCACCACCAGCCAGAGCUGGGACAGACCCCACAGAGCAGGCUAGGCCCUCCCUGACGGACACCUCCCCCCCAGCCCACCCCAUCUCCACCCCAUCAUGUUUACAGGGUUCCAGGGGGUGGCGUUUGUUCCAGAACGUCAUCUCCCACCCGGAUUGCGGUAUAGAGAGAUACGCAUUUUAUUUUACUUGUGUAAAAAUAUCGGAUGACGUGGAAUAAAGAGCUCUUUUCUUAA